AUGCACAAUACAUUUUUAUACUAUCUAUUAUUAUCAGCUUCGACUUUGUCGGUUGUAAUAUCAGAUCUUGCUCAAUUUGGUUGGGAUCAAAAAGCAAAUCCUCAAGAUUAUAAUGGACCUUGGGGAGAAGGAGUCAAAUGUCCUUACGGAAAUCCUCCUUUUCCCGAUGGUACUACCGUGUAUACAGGUUCAGUUCCACCUGCUAUGACUACUGAUGCUGUGAAUUAUCUUCGUGAUACAAACGUUAAAAUAUUUCAAGUCAGCGAGACCAAAACAUAUCCUGAUUUAACCAAUCUCUAUUUUGUGAUGAGAAAAGAAUUUCACACUUGGCAUUAUUCUGGCGGUAAACUCUUAACUGGUUGCUGGACAGGUGUCACUGUUUAUCAAUAUAUCAAUCAUCCAUAA